AUGUUCGAUUCCUAUGAUUUGGGCAAAUAUUGCCGAAAAGCGAGCACAACAUCUGAAGAAGCCCAGACAUGGUUCAACCGCGGUCUUCUAUGGUGCUACUCGUUCAACCAUGAAGCAGCCGCGCAUUGCUUUGAACAAGCGAUUUCAUGCGAUCCGAAAUGCGUUAUGGCUUAUUGGGGUGUUGCAUAUGCUCUUGGGCCUAACUACAAUAAAUCCUGGAGGAUGUUCACACAAGAGGAUCGUAAGAGCUCUAUUACGAAAAUACGCGAUGUCCUCACUCAGGGGGCAGAUGUGGCCGCAAACCUCCUGCCAGUAGAGAGAGCAUUGGUCAAGGCACUCAACACUCGUGUUCCUACAAGUGGCGAUGAUGUGCCAGAGGAUCUCUCCACUUACGAUUACGCUUACGCCGAAGCCAUGCGCCCAGUACACGAAGCCCAUGGCGAAGAUCUCGAUGUGAUUACUUUGUUUGCCGACGCGAUCAUGUGCACUCGUCCACGCAGACUCUGGAAUCUCGAUACCGGAAAAACCACAGGUGCAGACAUAGAAGAAGCGAGAUCUGCGUUGGAGAAGGGGCUUGCACUUCCGGGCGGCCGCGAUCACCCAGGCCUUUGUCAUUUGUACAUUCAUAUGAUUGAGAUGUCUCCAUAUCCUGAGCUGGCCAUGACUGCCGCCGAUCAAUUGCGGCGCCUUGUGCCCGACGGUUCGCAUAUGCAACACAUGUCGACUCAUAUCGACAUUGCUUGUGGAGACUACCGUCGUGCGGUUGACUCCAAUAACAAUGCUGUACUUUCAGACGAAAAGUAUUUCGCAAAUGCUGGCCCUGCUGCUCCACUCUACCGAGUCUAUCGGUCACACAAUCUGCACGCUUUGGCGUACUCGGCAAUGAUGUCUGGGCAACGUGCAAUUGCUAUUAGCGCCGCAAAACGCAUACCGGAAGUGUUGACUCUAGACUUCAUGUCUAUCAAGACGCCGCGGAUGGUAGACUGGACCGAGUGGCAAUGGGCAACUCUGCCCCAUGUGCUGAUUCGGUUCGGACUCUGGGACCAGAUCCUGGAGCUCAGAGCACCAGUCGAUUCAGGUUUGCUAUGCGUUUCCACAGCUACUCUUAAGUAUGCAAGAGGCAUUGCGCUCGCGUCGCUUGGACGGAUUGAACAGGCAGUGCAGGCCAGGGCCGAAUUCGAGGAAGCUCGCCUAUCUGUGCCGGGAGACCGUCUUUACGGCCCGGCCAGCCCAGCUGCACCGGUCUUAGCUGUUGCUUCGGCUAUGCUGGAAGGCGAGCUAGAGUAUCGCAUGGGCAACUUCUCCACAGGUUUCGAAAUACUCCGCCGUGGAAUAGAGCUUGAAGACAAGCUACCUUAUGCCGACCCGCCAUUGUGGAUGCAACCUCUUCGUCACGCUUUGGGCGCGCUUCUUCUUGAGCAGGGUCACUCUGUGGAAGCAGAGCAACUCUACCUAGAAGACCUAGGUUUUAGCGACAACCUUUCCCGUCGCAAAGCGCGCAUCAAUAACAUUUGGGGUCUCCACGGCCUCCAUGAAUGCCUGGUUCGGAACGACAAGCAGGAUUGGAUAAAACACAUUCGCCUACAACGCGACAUUGCUGCUGCUAGUAGCGACGUCUCAAUACAUGCAUCCUGUUUUUGCCGGCUUUCAGCAAUGAACGUGGGGGCUUAG